AUGUCUCACGGGGCGCGGGUGAUCCGCACCGGGGUGAGCAGCGGGGGGCCCGCGGCCCCACCGGCCGCCGCCGCCUCCUCCUCCUCCUCCUCAGCGGGCGCGGACGCGGAGCUCAUGGACGGCGCCUAUUUCCGCUCCUGCGCCGGCAUGCUGAAGGUGGCCCAGAUGAUCUCACUGCUGGUUGGAUUCAUCAGCGUAAAUAAUUCUCCAUGGACGGAUUACAGUGCAUACAGCUAUUUUCAGAUUGUUACCAUGUGUGACUUGGUUAUGAUUUUGUUCUUCUACAUUAUCCACAUUUUCAGAAUCUACAGGAAGCUUACUUGCGUUAGCUGGCCACUUGCGGAGUUUCUUCAUUAUUUAAUCGGUACAAUUCUGCUUCUCAUUGCAUCGAUUGUAGCAGCAUCCAAGAGUUACAAUUUGACUGGACUUGUGGCUGGAGCGACUUUCGGGUUCCUAGCUACGAUCCUUUGUGUUUUAAGCAUAUGGUCAUCUUACAAGGUUUCAUGCAUCACGCAGUCAACAAAUGCAUCUGUGUGACUCCUUCAUCUCUGCAAGACAUCUGCCUUACAAAAUAGGAUACCAAAGAGGAGCGUCCACUACUGAGGAGAGAGCAUGGGUAUUUUGUUACU